AUGUCGGCGACGCCACCUGCCCCAGCCGGGUCGCCAGCACCCGCGGGAGAGGACAUCCCGCAGAACGAUAGCGGAAAGCUGCGAACCUUCGUUUCCAUUCUCAGGAAGUUCAUCGGUGUUCCCGAUCUCGCUGCCGUCCGUUUCUCUCUGCCGUCUCAACUGCUCGAGCCCCGACCGAAUCUCGAGUAUUGGAACUACCUCGACUCGCCCAGCGCCUUCUCCGCGAUUGGGACAGCCGACGAGCCGGUCGAUCGCAUGCUAGAGGUUAUCCGAUUCUGGUUCACUAAGGAUUUGAAGUAUGUCAAGGGCAAGCCCUGCAAGCCAUACAACUCGUGCCUCGGCGAGUUCUUUCGCUGCAACUGGGAGGUGGAGAACAAUGCGCCCGUCAUCAACACCAAGAACUUGGGACCCAGUGGAGGCGCGAGUGGUACUGUCAGCAGCGCUUCGUCAAUGAAGUCCAGUAAGGGCAAUACGACACCUGCAAAUUCAGUUUCCGUACUUCAGACGUCCGAGAACCCAACUGGACCCACAACGCGCAUCUCAUACUUGACUGAGCAGACAUCGCACCACCCGCCCGUCAGCGCUUUCUUCAUCAGCUGCCCAGAGACCGGAGUCCACGCCCGAGGUUACGAUCAAAUCUCGGCAAAGUUCACAGGCACCACCAUCAAGGUCUCUCCUGGCGAGCACAACCUAGGCAUCUUCAUCACGCUCGAGCGCCGCGACCACGAGACCUACCAACUUACACAUCCUGCAGCUCACUUGGGUGGUAUCCUCCGUGGCGCUCUGAGCGUCAGUGUCGGAGAAGCAGCUUACAUUAGCUGCCCCAAGACGAAGAUCAAGUGCAUUCUUCAGUACGUCGAGGAUGGCUGGCUCGGACGAGCUCAAAAUAAAGUCGAGGGCAUCAUCUUCAAGUAUAACCCAGACCAGGAUGACAAAGUUCGCAUCAAGGAUGUGCCCGAGGCCGACAUUCUGAUUCGACUUGGUGGCGCAUGGAAGGAGAGAGUCGUAUACACGGUCGGGCCCAAGCCUGUAGAGUCGCACUCUCCCGAGAAGCAGACCGUCAUCAUCGAUCUCAACCCACUGGCCGUUGCGCCCAAAGUUCUUCCUCCCCUGGAAAUGCAAGCCGAGAACGAAUCCUUGCAGCUCUGGGACGGAGUCACCCAAGCCAUCAUGUCGAAGCAGUUCUCCAAGGCGACCAGCGUCAAGGUGGAGCUCGAGGAGAAGCAACGCGAGAAGGCCCGCGAGCGCGAGCGCAACAACGAGACUUGGAAGCCCAUCUUCUUCGACCAGGUCACCGAUAAGGGUGGGAAGCCCGAGCUGAGCGAGAAGGGCAAGAUUAUCCUGGAGAGGAUACAGAAGGGGGACUGGAGCCUGGAGGGCGUCGUAUAA